AACAAAGUUCUGCCUAACAAUUUUGACAUUUACCGACUCACUAAAAUUACAUUUCCCAACACAUUGAUUAGUUAAAAGUAACACACUCACAUAAGAAACGGUCAGCACAAGAAAAGCAAAAACCCUUCUUACAUCUCAGAGUUUUUUAGAUCCAAAACAGCUAAAAAUCCAAAACCUGUCUCUUUCAAAAUUCAACCAAAUUUUAUCCGAUUUCAAGAUUCUCCGUCAAAAUGACGGAGGAAUCGCCGCCGAAGGUAGAGCAUAUAACCGUGUUCCGGCGAUCUCCCCGGCUGAAAUCGGAUUCCGUCGAUGCGAAUAACGGCAAUGUAGGUUCUUCUGGUAAAUCAGAGAGGAGAAAAGGUAAGCGGCUUUCGGUUGCAGAGUUGAGGUUGUUGUCGGAGGGGAAGGAUCGACGACGGUCGCCGAGAUUUUCAGUUGCAUCUGAGUCUGAGGGAAGAGACUCUUCUUUACGUGCUGUUAAGCUGCGAAGAACUAGGUCUUCGAACGGGAAUGAGAACUCACCAUUAGGUCACCAAAAGCACAAAAAAACAAAAGUUAUUUCUACUUCCAUUAAAUUGUCUAAUUCACCGGCGGAACAGCAUUCUCCUGAAAUUGAUGAUAUAAACUGCUCAGCACUGUCUCUGGAGGAAAUCACAUCCACAACCUGGGAUGAAAAUGGCCAAACAAAUUCUGAUUAUUUUGCCAUGUCUAUGUUAAAAAGCAAGCCACCAAAAAAGAAAUUUAAAUCAUCUGCUUCUUUUGUGAAUGGAAGUAUGUAUGAGAAAGGUGUUCCUUCAUUCAUUGGUGAUCCAGUACCUGAUGAUGAAGCUCGCGAAAGAUGGGGAUGGCGUUAUGAAUUGAAGGACAAACAAUGUAAAGAUAAAGUGUUCAAAAUAAAUGAGGAUGAAGAAGACGAGACUAUUAUAAAUGUUAAAUGCCAUUUUGCCCAAGCUAAAGUUGGCAACUGCAUUUUCACUCUUGGUGAUUGUGCAUUAAUAAAAGGUGAAGGAGCGCAAAAACAUAUUGGCAAGAUCGUUGAAUUUUUCCAAACAACUGAUAACAAAGAUUAUUUCCGGGUCCAAUGGUUUUACAGAAUUCAAGAUACAGUUGUCAAAGAUGAAGGUGAUUAUCAUGACAAGAGGCGUUUAUUCUAUUCAUCAAUUAUGAAUGAUAACUUAAUAGAUUCCAUAAUAGAGAAAGCCAAUGUUAGAUAUAUAAAACCUAAGGUUGGUCUGAAGUUGACUUCUAUUUUACCAUCUGACUUCUAUUAUGAUAUGGAAUAUUGUGUUGAUUACUCUACAUUCCGCAAAAUACCAUCAGAGGCAUCUACUAUUACCAAGAGUCUACCUAGUCCCGAGUUGCGCAAGACAGAACUAACAUUACUGGAUCUCUAUUCUGGCUGUGGUGGCAUGUCAACUGGACUUUGCUUAGGUGCCAAAGUAUCAUCAGUUAAUCUUGUCGCGCAAUGGGCUGUUGAUAGUGAUAGAUCUGCAAGUAAAAGCUUGAAACUAAACCAUCCAGAGACACAUGUGAGAAAUGAAUCUGCAGAAGACUUUCUGCAACUAUUGAAGGAGUGGGAGAAGUUAUGCAAACGGUAUAAUGUUGGUGACACAGAAAAGAAAACUCCAUUACGGUCAAGGAACUCAGGAGAAAAAAAGCAAGUGAAUUCUCAUGCUCGUGAUAUUUCUGAUUCUGAUGAUGAUUUUGAAGUAUCUAGGCUAGUUGAUAUAUGCUACGGUGAUCCCGAUAAAACAGGGAAACGUAGUCUAUAUUUGAAGGUGCACUGGAAGGGUUAUGAUGAAAGUGAAGAUACAUGGGAACCAAUUGAGAACUUACGCAAUUGUAAGCAAAGCAUACAGGAUUUUGUAAGAGAGGGGAUGCAAUCAAAACUCUUGCCUCUUCCUGGUGAAGUUGAUGUUGUUUGCGGAGGUCCUCCUUGUCAAGGAAUUAGUGGAUAUAAUCGCUUUAGAAACACGGAAUCACCAUUGGACGAUGAAAGAAAUCAUCAGAUAGUAGUUUUCAUGGACAUAGUGAAAUAUUUGAAGCCUAAGUAUGUUUUAAUGGAGAAUGUGGUUGACAUAUUGAGAUUUGACAAGGGUUCACUUGGAAGAUAUGCUUUAAGCCGUUUGGUACACAUGAAUUACCAAGCAAGAUUGGGAAUUGUUGCAGCUGGGUGUUAUGGUCUUCCACAAUUUCGAUUGCGUGUUUUCAUGUGGGGGGCUCAUCCGGAUGAGGUUCUACCCCAAUUUCCACUGCCAACACAUGAUGUUAUUGUUAGAUACUGGCCUCCGUCCGAGUUUGAGCGCAAUACUGUUGCUUAUGAUGAGGACCAAAAACGAGAAGUAGAGAAAGCUAUUGUUAUUCAAGAUGCCAUCUCUGAUCUUCCUCCUGUCACAAAUUUUGAAACUCGGGACGAGAUGUCAUACCAAAAUCCUCCAGAAACAGAAUUUCAAAGAUAUAUACGGUCAACUAAGAAUGAGAUGACUGGAUCCACAUUAAAAGGAAAAACAGAGAAAAAUCAUUUAUUAUAUGAUCACAGACCCCUCUUUAUGUUUGAAGAUGACUACCUACGCGUUUGUCAAAUUCCCAAACGGAAGGGAGCGAAUUUCCGUGAUCUUCCUGGUCUACUUGUAGGAGCUGACAAUGUGGUUAGGCUGCACCCAACAGAGAAAAUUCCAUUGCUACCAUCUGGAAAGUCAUUGGUCCCAGAUUACUGCUUCAAUUUUGAACAAGGGAGGUCCAAGAGGCCAUUUGGACGGUUAUGGUGGGAUGAGACAGUUCCUACUGCAUUAACCUCCCCAUCUUGUCAUAACCAGAUAGUACUACAUCCAGAGCAGGACCGAAUCCUCACUGUACGAGAAUUUGCUAGGCUGCAAGGAUUUCAUGAUUAUUAUAGAUUUUGCGGGUCUGUGAAAGACAGAUACCGUCAAAUUGGAAAUGCAGUGGCUGUUCCUGUUUCGCGAGCUUUAGGAUAUGCUCUAGGAAUUGCACAUAGAAAGCUUGCUAGUAAUGAGCCACAUAUGAUCCUCCCACCCAAGUUCUCUCUUUCCAAUUAUGUUCAAUUAUCAAGUAAUCAUGUCGGCAACACCGCCACUGUUUUUGAGUCAAAAAAUGUUGGCGACACCGCUGUUUUUGAGUCAAAAUAUGUCCCCGACACUGUCAGUUUUGAGUCAGAAAAUGGUGGUGACACCUCCGUUUUUGAGUCAAAAAAUGCCCCUGACACUGCCAUUUUUGAGUCAGAAAAUGGUGGGGACAAUGCUGUUUUUGAUUCAAAAAAUGUUGGCGACACCGCCCUUUUUGAGUCAAAAAAUGUCCCCGACGCUGUCAUUUUUGAGUCAGAAAAUGGUGGCGAAAAUGUCCCCGACACUGCCAUUUUUGAGUCAAAAAAUGUCCCCGACGCUGUCAUUUUUGAGUCAGAAAAUGGUGGCGACACCGCCGUUUUUGAGUCAAAAAAUGUCCCCGACACUGCCAUUUUUGAGUCAGAAAAUGGUGACGACACUGUCGUUUUUGAGUCAAAAAAUGUUGGCGACACUGCUGUUUUUUGAGUCAGAAAAUGGUGGCGACACCAACUAGCAUAACAUCCAUUCUAUUCUUUUCCGUUGAAUUCAUGAUAAGUGUAGUUGGCAUUUGAUUUUGUUGCUGAGCAGCAAUUUUUUUAAUCUCGUAGGCAUGCCUCAGCUACUCACCAUGUAACUUAAGAUUAAGAUGUAAUAUUAUAUGUAAUAAGUACUUUGUUUAAUAAGUACUUGAAUUUCUGUUGUAAGUUCGAGCAUGUAAGCAUUUAUGUAAGAUUUAAUAUCAAGAAAAAGAAAAGUUUUCCAUCUGAUUGAGGUGGAUGGAAACUCCAUUUACUUUAGAAGAUGAAAUGACAUUCGGUGCUUUUGAUUUGGGAUUUAGCUCGUGGAGAAAAGCAAAAAAGGGAGCAACAAUGGACAAAAUGUGGUGUUUGUAAGUUGUAACCUUUUGAUUUGGGAUUUACCAAGCGUGUGUGUUGACUCAUUCUAAUAAUGUGAAUUUAUAUUUGUACAUUAGUUUUACGAUAUAUGUACACAUAAUCUCUCAAUAUUAAUACAAUUAAUUCAUAGUAUUAUCGUCUUUGA